AUGGACCCGAGUGCACGGGAGCCCCUCGUGAGGAAGACGAGCUCCUCAUAUCAGACCUUCCCCAAGAGCACUGUCAGGAGGCUUGACAAGGAGUACCUGCAGAGCCUCCACAACAAGAGGCUCUACCUGGCCGUGUUCGCUGCUGUCCUGGGGAACUUCAGUUUCGGCUUUGCCCUCGUUUACCCAUCACCCGUCAUCCCUGCACUGGAGGCUCACCCCAACCCUGCACUGAGGCUGGAUGGGCACACAGCAUCCUGGUUUGGGUCGGUGUUCACGCUGGGAGCUGCAGCAGGGGGACUCAGCACCAUGCUGCUCAAUGACUGCCUGGGCCGCAAGCUGAGCAUCAUGUUCUCAGCACUGCCCUCCACCCUGGGCUAUGUGCUGAUGGCCAGUGCCCAGGGGGCCUGGAUGCUGCUGCUGGGCCGUGUGCUGACGGGCUACGCCGGCGGUGUGACAUCUGCCUCCAUCCCGGUUUACAUCUCGGAGAUCUCCCACCCUGGGGUCAGGGGUAUGCUGGGUGCUUGUCCUCAGAUCAUGGCAGUGCUGGGCUCCCUCAUCCUGUAUGCACUGGGGCUGGUCCUGGACUGGCGCUGGCUGGCUGUCGCUGGGGAGGUGCCUGUCCUUGCCAUGGUCCUCCUGCUCUGCUUCAUGCCCAACUCUCCCCGGUUCCUGCUCUCCCAGGGGAAGGAUGAGCAGGCCCUGAGGUCGCUGUGCUGGCUGCGUGGCAGUGACACAGACUAUGCCCAGGAAUAUGAGCAGAUCAAGGACAGCAUGAGGAAGCAGAGCCGUCGGGUUUCCUUUGCUGAGAUCAAGGACCCCUUCAUCUACAAGCCCAUCCUGAUCGCAGGGGGAAUGAGGUUCCUGCAGCAGCUCUCAGGUGUCACCUGCAUCCUUGUGUACCUGCAGUCAAUAUUCAAGAAAACAGCUGUCAUCCUGAAACCAGAGUAUGAUGCAGCUCUUGUUGGCUUGGUACGUCUGUUCUCAGUGGCCAUCGCUGCCGUGUCAAUGGAUAAAGCUGGGAGGAAGAUUCUUCUUUUUGUAUCAGCUGGUGUCAUGCUGGUCUCCAACCUGACCAUGGGGCUCUAUAUCCACUUCACGACAGCUUAUCACAAUGACACCAUUACCAACAAGACCCUGGUGAGCCCUACCACUCCAACAAACUACAUCACCCUCAUCCCUCUCCUGGCAACCAUGUUCUUCAUAAUGGGUUAUGCCAUGGGCUGGGGCCCCAUCACCUGGCUGCUGAUGUCGGAGAUCCUCCCUCUGAAAGCCCGUGGGGUGGCCUCAGGCCUCUGUGUUGUUGUGAGCUGGCUGACAGCCUUCACCCUGACCCAGUCCUUCCUCUUUGUUGUGAAUGCCUUUGGCCUCGAGGUGCCCUUCCUGUUCUUUGCUGUCAUCAGUGCUGGGAACAUCUUAUUCACAGGCUGCUGCGUUCCCGAAACCAAAGGCAGAUCCCUGGAACAGAUCGAGGCCUUCUUCAGGACUGGUCGGAGGUCCUUCAUGAGGUAG